AUGGUCUCCACUGCAGCUUUGUCUCUUAUCAUGGCCUCCUUGGCCGUUGCUACUCAAGCAUUUCCUGCUCCUAAGGCAGUGACUAUCGCCGAAGCUCAAAUUGCGAGCACUACCUUCAACGGUGAUGCCACCUUCUACGCCCCUAGUUUAGGAGCCUGUGGAAUUACCAACACCGCCAAUGAGCUGGUUGCUGCCGUCGCUGCGACGAUCUUCGACAACUUCCCUGGUGCGACGGGUAAUCCUAACACCAAUCCUAUCUGCGGAGUACGGGCCGUAGUUACAUUCCAAGACAAAUCGGUCACUGUUCUGAUAGUCGAUCGAUGCGAAGGUUGCGGAACUACUGGAAUUAACCUUUCUCCAACUGCAUUCCAGUUUUUGGCGCCUCUUGAACUAGCCAGGAUCCCCGUUCAGUGGACCAUCUAG